AUGAAUUUGGAUGAUGAGAUCGUGGUUGCCCGUGAAUUGGCAUCAAACAACGACAAUAAAUUCACCGAGCGGAUUUUCCAGCAAAAUAUUCAAAAAUUUAGAAAUUUACUUCAAACUUCCACUCCUUACAGCCUUUCAGACUUUGAAAAGUUUUUAAAGAAAUUAACCAGUUCUAGACUUUUUGGAAUCUUAGUCGACGAUAACAAUCAAAAGUACGGUGUGUUAAGGGAUGAUGAUUUGGUCGGAAAGUUGCUGAAACUGAAGGACAUCGAUUAUAAAAUCUUCUGUACAAUAGAAACUGCAGGUGAUAAAGGGUUAUGGACUGCAGAUAUACGCAAAAUUUUGGGAUUACAUAUAAACCAAGUACAAAGAGGAGUUAAAUAUUUGUACGAGUCGAAUAGAUUAAUAAGGCCGAUCACGGACGUUAAUUACAAGAGCAGGAAGCUGUUUAUUUUAUCAUCUUUGGAACCUUCAACUCAAAUUACGGGCGGUUCAUUCUACAAUAAUGGCGAAUUUAACGAACUUCUAGUAGAAAAAUUACAGGAACAAAUUUGUUCAUUCCUCUCUAACAAUCAGGGCUCUAAUCUACAGCAGAUUAUUACAUUUCUCAAGGAAACAAAUAUUAUCCGCGGCUUAUAUAUACACAUUUAUUGGAAUAGAGAUAAAAUUUUACAGGAACUGCUGGAGACUGAUGUAAAUAGAAUAAUUAAGUUGCUAAUAUUGGAGAAUAAAAUAUUCAACGCUUCCCUACAAAAUAACCAAUUCAUCUACAUUUGGUGCGGCAACAAUAACUUGAAGUUUAUUGAAGAUUGUUUUAAUGUUCCGUGUUUUGGGUGCAAUUUGUCAGACUCUUUUCAUACAGAGAACUUUGAAUUUAUUGAUGGGCUAAAGGUUGGUUUGGUAGGGAUUUGUUUAUCAUUUCUAAUUUGGGCAUUAUUUUCCAUUUUGAUUAGAAGGUACCAGUUUGGGAAAUUUAUUUUUGGCUGUUUCAUCGGAUUCUACAUAUUUACGAUGUUAAAAAUUUGGAUUCUCGACGAUUUUAUCAACAACUUACACUACUCUCUUGGAAGGCUUUGGUUCAAGUUUAGGAGGGUUAUAAUGUCAGUUGAGGAAGGAUUAUACCGUCUAAAACUGGGAUUUACAUAUGGUUUAAAGGAUAAAUUACUAUUUAAAGUAGAUAGAUUUUUUGACAACCUUGUGGAUGAUGAAAAUCUGGUAAAAUACAUAUCUGAAGGGUUUGUGUUUGGUUUCCUUUUUUUCGUACUACUAAUUUUCUACCUAAUUACAAAGUGCUCAGAUGAAAGUCGUUCUUUGAUUCUGAUUAUUUUUAAGGAUUUUUUCUCCAUUUGUAUAUUAUCUGCUUUGUUCUUAGUUUAUACACAAAAUUUUAAUUCUCUAUUCACUCACUGGAAUCUACUCAAAUACUUCUAA